AGAGAACCAGCGGUCCUGUUUUAACUGCUUUAGUUAAAGUUUCUGGUUUCAAAUCGCUGAUUUCUUUGCUUUUUAAACGAUUCCGAUAGGAUUUAGAUCAGAGGAAAAUGAAGGGCUCUGGGAGGUUCGUGUUUGACGAUGAAUUUCAAGAGAUGGAGAAGAAGUUGGCCUUGUGCGAGGAAGAGGAGGAAGAGGAGGAGGAGGAUGUGAGCAUCGAUCUGCUCAUCCCUGAACCCUACAAGAGCAACUCUCAGAAGGAGGAGCACCUGCUGGAGAUGGCAGAAAACUUCCAGCGUCAGUAUUUGCUGCUGCAUCCUGACCGUACGCCUCUGCUGCUCUACCCGGUCAAUGAGUAUGGAGUCAGGAAGUUUGUGUCCACCACUCUCCGUCCCACAGAGACCGGCCUGUGGGAGCUCCAGAGCUGGCAGGAGUGUUCCUCACUGGUGGCCGACUUCCUGUCCCUGCAGCUACUGGAGCCGCCCACGCAGGUGCCCGGCCAGCUGUUCUCCCCCACAGCGGUGCUGCGCAGCCAGAAGGCCACCAGCUUUGAGUCGUCCACCCUGCUCUGCAGCCUGCUGCUGGGCCUCAACUACGACUGCUACGUCGUCAGCGGCUACGCUGCCAGGGAGAUGUGUCUGAUGGACCUCAGCCUGCAGCAGUGCCCCCUGCUGGACACCAAGGCUAAGGGCGACCAGGACGAAACCUCGGACCACACGCAGAAGAAGUACGGAGUAAAGUGUUCGAUGGAGCUGAGGAGCCGUUUCCUGUUAGAUCAGGAGAAGAGGAAGCUGGACGCCGAGGCUGCUGCGAUUCUGGAGAAGGAGCUACAGGAGGAAAAGAGCAUGCAUCUUCCAGAUCCCCUGUUUGGUUUCCGGGUCCACUGCUGGGUUCUGGUUCUGUCGGGCCGGCGCAGCAUCGAGGAGAACUUCUUCAUCGACCCUCUGACCGGCUGCAGCUAUCCGACCGUACACGACAGCUUCCACGGCAUCGAGAGCGUGUGGAACCCCUUCAACUACUAUGUCAACCGGCAGAUCUGCCACGCCGGCUGCAAGGACAUAAACUUUGACCUGGAGGACUCGAGCCAGUGGGAGCCCAUCUUCCAUGACGGCGUCAGCCAGCAGCAGCUGAUCCAGGCCGUCCACCGCAGGGCGGAGUACCGCUUCAUCGGACGACUCACCAGCGAGCUGGAGGAAGAUUUUCCCAAGAAGUUUUUGAUGAGAUCUUGGGUCAGCAGGAUCGGCAUCACAAGGGAAGUCCUGCAGACGAGGUUUCCUGGAGGGAAGAAGGAGACCCGCUACAGAAAAGCAUUGCUGGAGAGGUUUUCAUCCACCGUGACCGACGACGGCCUCAUCUCCAGAUUAACGACGUACCAAGACCUGAGAUGCACAAAGGUCGCCGGGGUCAAAGAGUGGUACAAGUACAGGAGUGAUGGGCUGGAGGAGAAAGAGUUCAACCACUUGGACAACUCCACCACUGAGCGCUUCAAAUCCGGGAGAGCUUUCGACCUUUUAUUUCACGCCUGGAAGCCAGUGGAAUCUGGGACGGAGCGAGAGAUGAGGUUCUACCGCCCCGAACAGGACGGCCUGGAGCGGAUUGUGGUGUCGCCACAAGAAAUAAAGGAAUCCUUCAAGUGCCGAGACGACUUCCUGUACUUGAGACACAUUUUUUUCCGUGAGGGCGGGAUGACUUCCCCUCCGCAUUCUGCAGAGAACGGCCAUGAGCCCACCCUGGAGAAUCUCAAUGUACUGAAAGUGGUGGAGCGUUUCCAUAGGAACCCCUCCAAACGGGCCAACGAUGACGUGGCCCAGCGGGUCUUCAUUGUGCCGGAGUUGGAGACGGAGCUGAUCUAUCACCUCAUGGAUCACCGCACUAUCCCUUCCAGGAGGAGCCUCAAGAGAAUAGAAGAUGAUGAGCCAAUCACAGACAGCAUGUUCUCCAUUCUUGUUGUGGACCAGGCUGAGGAGCCUCCUGGGCCCCUGACCUGGUACAGGUUGGUGAAGCACCUGAUAAGGGAAGAGGAGAACAUCGCUCUCCAAAUCAAAGCGUCUGUGGUGGAGAUGGAGACCAUCGUGGAAUGCAGGAAGCAGGAGGAGAAGGAGGUGGAGGUGUUCUCCUCCCCACUGGAGGAGGUCAUGGCCUGCAGGGAGAAAUGGGAGGAGGAGCUCACGUCCAAAGAGGAGGUCCUCAUCCUCCAUCGGCAGGGAAUGGACGUCAUGGUGCCGUACCUGGCCCGGCUCGGGAACUCAGAGUCUCUCACUCGAGAGGAGGCCACCUCCUUCUGCCUCGGCUGCUCAAAAGCAUUCAGAGAAAAACUGGAGGAGCAUACCGACUUCCUGCAGAGGAACUUGGAAAUGGUGAUCGAGAGCCAAGCAGAGGAGAAUGACAACAUGAGACACCCGCAUGACCCCACCAUGAGCGAGGAGGAGGCGGAGCUCGCCUGUCACCAGUGCUGGGAUAAAAAGUUUCACAUAUCUGCUGCCCAGAGACGCCUGGACAGGCACAAGGAGAGACUAGAGGAAAAACAUGAAGCUUUCAUGGUGAAGCUGCGGCAGAACUCUCUGCUCGCCUCUCACUUCAGCCAGUGAACGCAGCAGCAGCCGUUCAUUCCACCCACCAGGAGUUUCUACUGUGUCCUUUUCUGUACUGAUCCAUGAUGACGCUCUAAAACCGCCGUGUAUCAAUCAGACGAGUGGAAUUAAUAAUUUGGACUUUGAUGUUUCUGUAAUUGCAGCGUCUAGAAAAUCCAGAAUGUGAUUUUUUUCCAUUGCUGAUUCAUUUGAUCUGGAAUAAAAGCAGA